AUGGCGUGGCUCUGUCCGUGUCCCAGAGCAGGGGGACAGUCCGGCCGCGGGGUCUGCGCCCCCCCGAGACGGGCGCCCGUUCAGAUCCCCUGUGGCCAGGUCUCUCCCACGGAGGAAGGAGGGAUGCGAUGCUCCGCUCAGUGCUGCAUCUUUUCAGCUUGCGGCCACUGCGGGUGCUCCAUCCUGGCCCGCAACAUGUCGACACGCUCAUGUCCCCCACGCACCAGCCCUGCCUCCGACGUGGAGGAGGAGGAGGAGGGACCGCCAGACAGCAGAGGGGAGCGGAGGAGCUCGGCGCUGAAGGUGACCAAGAAGAAGGCUUGGCGCAGGCACACGGACGACCCCAGCAAGGAGUGCUUCACCCUGAAGUUCGACCUCAGCGUCGACAUCGAGGCAGAGAUUGUGCCGGCCAUGAAGAAGAAGUCCCUGGGGGAGGUGCUGCUGCCAGUCUUCGAGAGGAAGGCAAUCGAGCCGGGCAAGGUGGACAUCUAUCUGGACCAGUCCCACACGCCGCUCUCCCUCCAGUUCGAGGCGUACCGCUUCGGGGGGCACUACCUGCGGGUGAAAGCCAAGCCCGGGGAUGAGCUGAAGGUGGAGCAGGCGGCGCGGGAUGCCAGGUCGGCCAGCCUGCCCAUCCUGCACCCCACCAGCACCACUGCGCUCCUCGGGCCGGUGCCGGGACGCCGGGAGGGCACCGACAGCCAGGUGAGUACCGGUGCCAGUCCUGGGGCUCCUGCCUCGCCCUCGCAGGUGGAUGCCGAACAGCUCUUCGGCAACAUCGGAGAGAUCAUCCGGCUGCACCGCGAGCUGUGGCGCAGUGUCAUGGCCCCAGUGCUGGCCAAGGCGCGCCGGACUGGGGCACUGCUUGACCCCAUCGAUUUCCUUGAUGGUUUCAAGAUGUUCGGCUCCCUCUUCAAGCCCUACGUGCGGUACUGCAUGGAGGAGGAGGGGUGCAUGGAGUACAUGCGGGCGCUGCUGCGGGACAGCGAGCUCUUCCGCACCUACGUGACGUGGGCCGAGAAGCACGAGCAGUGCAGCCGCCUGAAGCUGAGCGACAUGCUGGUGAAGCCCCACCAGCGCCUCACCAAGUACCCGCUGCUCCUCAAGUCCAUACUGAAGAAGACAGAUGACCCCCGUGCCCGCGAUGCCGUCACUGUCAUGGUGGUGGAGUGCACCCAGGAUGAGGUGGACAAGCUGCUGAAGGAGUUCCUGCGUCUGGACCUGACGGCACCCAUCCCCGGCACCUCCCCGGAGGACACCCGGAUGGAGGUCUACUGCUUCCUCUUCACUGUCUUCUUCCUCAUCACCAAGCCCCUCAAGAAGGCUGAGCGCACCAAGGUGAUCCGGCAGCCCUUGCUGGUGGACAAGGUCAUCUGCCGGGAGCUCAGGGACCCAGGUGAGUG